AUGACCAAUAUAUUUAGACUGGGUGGCGAUCUCUCGCAUUUGGCGAGCAUUCUGAUUCUGAUAAACACCAUAACGAAAACUAAAUCCGUGGAUGGAAUUUCGUUAAAGACUCAAGUUUUGUAUGUGUUGGUGUUUAUUACUCGUUACAUUGAUCUAUUCACAAAAUGGUAUUCGUUUUACAAUACUAUGAUGAAGAUAUUCUUUAUAACCUCUUCAAUAUAUGUGGUGUUUGUCAUUAAGCAAUCAAAGAGAACGAAUCCAGUUGGUUUCCAAAACAUGAUUACCCGUGACACUUUCAAGAUUAGGUUCUUAAUUGGGUUUGCUGCUUUAAUGGCGUUGUUGUUUCAUCGUAAAUUUUCUAUCGUUGAGUUGUUCUGGUCUUUUUCAAUGUGGUUAGAGAGUGUUGCCAUUUUACCCCAGUUGUUUAUGCUGUCUAAAGCCGGAAAAGCUGAUACAUUGACCACCCACUAUAUCUUUGCUUUGGGUUUGUAUCGUACAUUGUACAUUCCAAAUUGGAUCUGGAGGUAUUUUGCAGAAAACAGAUACGAUAAGUUGUCGAUAGUCACUGGCAUUCUACAAACUCUCGUGUACUCGGACUUUUUCUACAUAUAUUAUAAAAAGGUAAUAAAGGAGGGCACCGGCUUUGAAUUACCUGUGUGA